AUGCAGGAGAACUACGAGACGGUGACCUCGCUGGGAUUCCCCAUUCCCAAACCUGACCUGAUCACUCAGCUGGAACAAGGGAAAGAGCCGUGGGUACCCGAUCUCCAGGCCUGUGAGGGAAGAGAGAUCCCAAGAGGCGCCCACACAGGUUACAAGAGAGCAGUCCACACAGGAGAGAGACCCCACAAGUGCUUAGACUGUGGAAAAAGUUUCACAUGGAGAUCAGUCCUUGUUAGACAUCUGGCAAUCCACACCGGAGAGAGACCCCAUAAGUGCUUGGACUGUGGGAAAAGUUUCAUACGGAGGUCAGCCCUUGUUAAACAUCAGGCAAUCCACACCGGAGAGAGACCCCAUAAGUGCUUGGACUGUGCGAAAAGUUUCAUACGGAGGUCAGCCCUUGUUAAACAUCAGGCAAUCCACACCGGAGAGAGACCCCAUAAGUGCUUGGACUGUGGGAAAAGUUUCAUACGGAGGUCAGCCCUUGUUAAACAUCUGGCAAUCCACACCGGAGAGAGACCCCAUAAGUGCUUGGACUGUGGGAAAAGUUUCAUACGGAGGUCAGCCCUUGUUAAUCAUCAGAGAAUCCACACAGGAGAGAGACCCCAUAAGUGCUUAGAUUGUGGAAAAAGUUUCCUGCAGAGAUCACACCUUCUUAUACAUCAGAGAAUCCACACAGGAGAGAGAACCCACAAGUGCUUGGAUUGUGGGAAAAGUUUCAUACAGAGGUCAAGUCUUCUAAUACAUCAGGCAGUCCACACAGGAGAGAGAACUCACAAGUGCUUAGACUGUGGGAAAAGUUUCACAUGGAGAUCAGUCCUUGUUAGACAUCUGGCAAUCCACACCGGAGAGAGACCCCAUAAAUGCUUGGACUGUGGGAAAAGUUUCAUACAGAGGUCAAGUCUUCUAAUACAUCAGAGAAUACACACAGGAGAGAGACCCCAUAAGAAGGACGGGAUAAGCGAAAGGGUGAAGGAAUGA